UAUAAAUAUGAGUGAGUUUAGGCCAAAGAGUUUAGUUUGUUCGAAAACUUACAAGAGAAAAUGGAACUUUUUGGAAUAUAUCUAAUACUAGCCACUACAGUUGUUGUCCAGGGAUACAGGAAAUUUGGACUUGAUUGUGCGGAUAUAGAGUGUAUAUCGGGUCAAAAGUGCAUUGUUUCCAGAGUUCCCUGCGAAAAUCCAAAUCAGCAACAAGGAGAGCAAUGUGGAACAUAUCCGGAGUGCCAAACAGCUUCUCUGGGGGAAACGACGAAGGAUCUCGAAAUAGAUUCUGAUGCGACACUCCCACAAUUCCACAAUCGAUCGGCCCGACAGAUUCCCAUGUCAGGAGCAAUGCCAAUGCCAAUGCCAAUGGCAGGAUCGAUGCCGUAUCCUGGUCCUGUUCCCAUGAACGCGCCAGUUCCGGGCCGUGCGUAUUAUCCCUCCUAUAUGGGACAGCCGUACAUGGGACAAUCGUACAUGGGACAACCGUACAUGGGACAAGCGAUGCCCAGACCUAUGGCAGCAGCUCCCAUGCCCAUGAUGCCGAUGAUGCCCCAGGGAGGUGGAGCUAUGGGUGGGACCAGCGUCAUUGUGGAGCCUUUAGUAAUCCUGCCAAUGGGCAUUGGGGCGAGCACGGGUGCGGGCUCAAAUUCCAAUCCAUAUUACGGAGCAAAUGGGGCUUAUCCCAGCUAUAAUAAUUACAAUCCCUACAACACAUACACUACAGCACGACCCAACUACGACUAUAACAACUACAACAACAACAAUAAUAACUACCCGAAUUACAAUAACAACACUGGCAGUAAUAACAAUUACAACGAUUACAACUCAGACGGCUAAUAAAUAGUUUUAAAAGCUCAA